CUCGCAAGACUAUCGCAGAAGUUGGACUAUCGUCGCAGCUCACGAACGUUUGCUUUUCCGUGAAGGGAAAGCCACUUUCUCCCGUAGCUCAAAAUGUCGUAUCAAGCUCAAGGAAAGUUGAUCGCCAUCUUAGAACUGAUUGUGUGCUCAUGCUGUCUCAUGGGAGUGGUUGUAGCUGCGGUCAUGUUUUCCAUGAAGAAGGAAGAACUGUCCAAGGAUGAACCCAAGCUGGAGAAAUACCCAAACCUCCGAGAGUUCGUCGAAAGCUCUUCAACGGAGCAGGCCAUGACAUUUCUCAUCCCAGGAGUUUACCUCACAGUGGAACUUAUACUGGCUGGCAUGCUGUACAUUGGUGCGUCCGAGAUCAAGCCUGCCUUAUUGAAGACCUGGGUGGGAUUGACCCUCUUGAUGGCUGCCGUCGGGGUAGUGUUUGCCGGUUUUGGAAUUGUUUCAGCCCAGGAUAAAUUGGCCCCAAUCGCUAUCACUGCUUUCGGCUAUCUCUUCACGGCUUGGUCCAUUUUGGUGGGAUUCCAAUUAUCCAAACAAACUAAAUCGGAAGGGGAACAUUGAGUGAAAUCAUAACUUUUGAGGUUGAAUAUUAGGAUCCUUCGAUGUUUGUCUUGUAAUAUCAGUUGCAAUAAUAAAAAAACACAAUUUUUACGGAAA